AUGAUGAAAGCAAAAUUAGUUUGCAAACAAACUUUGGCAGAGUUUGCGUUACGUUUAAAUUUAGAAUCAAGGUUGAAAUUUGGCAAAGGUGCUUUAAUUACCAACGAAAAGAUUUUGGAAGACGCUUUUGAAACUUAUAUCGAUGCCGUAUUUUUAGAUUCAGAUGAAAAUUUUCUAGAAGUAAUGAAUUUUAUGAAACCUUUGUUAGAGCUAAAAGUUGAGCAACUUCUCCUGGAAAAAAAGAAUGCACAACAAAAUGAUACUUUAAACCUUAAUCGGUCCUCAGGAUUUGAAAAUAAAAAAGUUGAAAAUAAACAUAAUCAACCUCAAUUUACUUUUGAAGUGGUCAUUAAUGGAAUUACUUACUCUCAAGGGACGGCAAGAAAUAAAUCGGAGGCUAAAGAAUUAGCUGCCAUCAACACCCUAAAUUUAAUUGGUGAUACU